AUGAGAAAAUGUUUGUAUAUAUGGAAAACAGGUGAUUUAAAAAUUCGUUUGCACCAUCAUAAAUGUCAAACAUUAUCAAAUAAUUUAGAAAUUAUUAAACAGACCAUACCAGUUGAAUUUGGUAGAAAACCGAGAUCUUUGGAUUAUUUGAAACAAUGGAAAGCAACUGAAUAUCGACAAAUUUUAUUAUACACAGGCCCUGUUGUUCUUCAAGGAAUACUUCCAAAUGAUUUAUAUAAUCAUUUUUUAACACUUCACGUAGCUAUUAGAAUUUUAUGCUGUAAAAAUUUAUGUAAGAAUUAUUUGAAUUAUGCUGAAGAAUUAUUAAAACAUUAUGUUCAAAGUUUUAAAAUUUUGUAUGGAGAAUACAAUGUGUCUCAUAAUGUUCACGGGCUGAUUCAUUUAGUUGACGAUGUUCGAAUACAUGGCAUUUUAGAUUUAUUUAGUGCUUUUAAAUAUGAGAACUUUUUACAAGAAAUAAAAAAAGUAAUUCGCAAAGCUGAUAAACCAUUACAACAAUUACAUAGAAGAUAUGUAGAGAAAAAUCAUACCCUGUAUAAUGAAGUUUUGGUAUACGAAGAAAAUAAUCCUAAAAUACAAUUAUUCGAGGAACAUUUUAAUGGUCCCAUUAUUCAUAACUGCACAAAUCCUCAAUACAAAAUUAUAAAUUUUUUAAAUUAUGUUAUAAAAGUGAAUGAUAAUGCUAAUAAUUAUUGUCUAAUGAAAAAUGGAAGUGUCAUAGAAAUUGAAAAUAUUGCAUAUUGUGACACAAGAAAAUGCUUAGUUGCCAUCGGUAGGAAAUAUAUGAUUAAAAAAGAUUUAUUUCCUGUUCCAUGUUUGUCAUCAUUACUUGAAAUUUAUAUAGUUAAGAAUUUGUCUGAAUUAUGUACAUGA